AACGCGCCAUUAAAACGAGCCGCCAAAAAAAAAAAACCAUGAGACUGUCACUUCCAAUCAACACUCUUAUAAAUCUGCCGAGACCUCUUCUUCUGAUUUCCCGUUCUCGCUACCGUAACCCGAGCCGUUCUUCAACCGUCGCGUUUCGCACCUCAUCACUUAUUCCCAGCUCCGGCGUUGUUUCCUCCAGUCUGUGUUGUUUCUGGUACUCGACGACGAAGGCGAUGACGACGAAUGUUGUAGGGGAGGAGGAGGAGAAGCGAUCGACGCUCUCGGUCGAAUUGAAGGAGACGAUUGAUCUCACUGAGAAAGAGCAGAAAAUUUUCGACCGGCUUCUCGGCACUCUCCGUUAUUGCAACCUCGACACGCAGCUUCGAGUCGCCGGUGGCUGGGUACGCGAUAAGCUUCUAGGGAGAGAGAGUGAUGAUAUUGACAUAGCAAUCGACAAUAUGUCAGGAAGUGAGUUUCUUGAUAAGCUCAAGGAAUAUUUAUCUUCUAGAGACGAAAAAGUACAAGGCGACACUGUUAUUGAAAGGAAUCCUGAACAAUCCAAACAUUUGGAGACAGCAAAGAUGCGCAUCUAUGACCAAUGGAUAGAUUUUGUUAAUUUGAGAUCUGAAGAAUACACAGAAAAUAGUCGUAUUCCUACAAUGAAAUUUGGCACCGCAAAAGAGGAUGCUUACAGGAGAGACUUAACCAUAAAUAGCUUGUUCUACAACAUUAACACUGGCUCAGUAGAAGAUCUUACAGAAAGAGGCAUCGAUGACCUCAAGUCCGGACGAAUUGUUACACCUUUGCCUGCAAAAGCUACAUUUCUGGAUGAUCCUUUGCGAGUUCUCCGAGCUAUUCGUUUUGGUGCAAGGUUUGGAUUUACUCUAAAUGAAGAACUAAAACAAGCUGCUUCAAGUGAGGAAGUAAGGGUAGCUCUUGGAGAAAAAAUUAGCAGAGAGCGGAUCGGGAAUGAAAUCGAUUUGAUGAUAUCUGGGAAUGGACCUGUUUCAGCAGUAAAGUAUCUUUCUGAUCUGAAAUUAUUUCGGGUUGUCUUUGCCUUUCCGUCUUCAUCUGAGCCUGUACCAUCAGAGGAUUGUGGCAGCCUCUGCCAAGCCUACUUGGAAGCUAUGUGGAGCCUUAUUCAAACACCUGGGCUAGGAAAGUUCAGUGGUGAACAAAGAAGGCUUGCUCUGUAUGCUGCUCUGUUUCUCCCUUUUAAGAAAAUCGUUUACAAAGACAAUAAGGGAAAAUUGAUUCCUGUUGUCAACCACAUCUUCAAAUUCUCCAUGAAGCGGAAGACUAGUGAUGCUGAAACGGUUAUAAAUAUACAUCGAACCACGGAGAAAUUCCUAUCGUUAAUUCGUUCCCUUCAGUUGAAGAAGGAUGUUCAACUGGACACGCUUGAUUGGGCCGCUGAUGUUCUUGAGCACUGGAAGUCCAUCUCUCUUGAUGAUCCAGAAGUCCCAGAAACUUCAAAAAUAAGAGUACUCACAGGGUUUCUUCUUAGAGAGAUCAAAGAAUUCUGGCGUGUUGCACUCUUAACAACUUUGUUGUGGAGCUGCAUGGACGAAAAUCAAGAAAUUGGGCACCACGACUUCCAAGUGGACAAGAUCCGAGAAAGUUAUCAAACAAUCGAGGAAACCAUUCGGGAACUCGGUCUUGAUAACAUCUGGGAUGUAAAGCCUCUGGUGAAUGGCAGGGAGAUCAUGCAAAUUGCAGAGCUUAGCGGAGGAUCCCUCAUCCGUGAAUGGCAACAAAAACUUCUCACAUGGCAGCUCGCUUAUCCCAAUGGCUCCGCAGAGGAAUGCAAGGAUUGGAUGAGAGAAAUAAAAGCAAAACGACAACGGACAGAGUGAUGACUUUAGAAUCUGGUGUCUCGAUCUGCUGUGUUUAAAAUUAAUUGACAUUAUAGUUUUAGUUUAAAUCUCAGAUAUCUCAAAGUUUUGAUGAGAAUAUCUAAUUUGUCUUUGGCAGUUGAGCUGUAUGUUUCUUGUCGUAACAAACCAGAUUCGAACCAAAAAGGAAAAAGGGUUGAAGAAUGAAGCAAACAAUGAACAGAGAGUUACAUAUAAACAUCAUCCGUACUUGCUGGCUAAUAGAUAACUUUACAAGGAUUUGAUGUUGUUGACCUGAUGACAUCAAAAUCAGAAGGAUGAACAACUGCUGCAAGCUUGGUCUAACAAUUGUCUCGAAGCGAGUGUGCAGAGGCGAAAGGAGAUAAUGAACUUAACCGAUGAUUUGUUGACUGGACUAACCCAGGCGACACAUUGCUUGGGCUAGGCCGAUAUGGUGGCAUGCCGAUCGC